UCAUCGCAAAGAGUUUUCUCAAGAGCGUGUGUUCUGCGAGCACCAUGCCUGAGGCAGACUCGUCUGGCUAGCUCCAACCCUAAAUCCGCCUCUUCUCCNGACAGACACACAAAACGUGAGUCGCACUUUCGCACUCAAAAGCAAUCUACACCACAGUCUCAACCUGAGCAGCCCAAGAAACAUAAGACUUUGGCUGAGAUGGACGAGGAGCUUCGCCAGAAAAUGGCUGGCCACUCUGGUGAUGGUGGUGACGCUGGAGUUGAAUAUGAAGACGGUCAACCUGUCUCCAUGAAGCGCUCUGUCAAGAACAACAUGUUCCGCUACAUCUAA